GGAGUCGAUGGAUUUUCGGCGACUCCGACUCCGGCUUUCGAAAACCAACUCCGAUUCCGACUCCGACUUCGGGCAGAACUGUCGACUCCGACCGACUCCAACUCUCGACUCCGACUCCGCAGACCUGGCACGGCUGCGGAGUCGACGGAUUUUCGGUGACUCCGACUCCGAUACCGGCUCGGGCUUCCAAAAUCGACUCCGACUCCGAUUCCGGUCACAACUGUCGACUCCGGCGGACUCCGACUCCAACUGCGACUCCGCAGCCCUGGUGCCACGUCUCUGUUUCGGACAGGCCGCCAUCAGGCCUGUGCUGUGUGUGAGAAGCCAUUUGUCUACCCGCUGCUCCGGACUCCUGUCUGCAAUGGGGGACCCGCUGGACGACCUGGAUGACAUCCUGAGCAGUCCGCAGAGCCGGCCACGCACCAGCUACCUGGCGCCGUCCUCGGAGCCGCGGCCGGCCACCUCGGCGCCGCCGCGGCCGCGCCAGGAGGUCACCGGCUGGGGCGACGCGCCGCCGCCCGGCUCGCCGGCCCCGGCGUCCGGUCCGCCGGUGGGCCGCCGUCAGAGGUCCGGCUUCCAGGACCCGGUCACCACCUCCAGCGCGCCGGAGCCGAAGCCGUUGGCCAAGCCUCGUCCGGCGACAUGGGACGACGAGGACGCGGUGCUGCCUAUGAUCCCCGACCUGGAGGAGGUGCAGGAGGAGGACCUGGCGCUCCAAGUGGCCGCCGCACCACGGGCGCGGGUGAACCGGGUGGUGACCAUGCAGGAGCUCAAUGACGACCUGUUCAAGCACCCCACCUUCAUGGCGCUGGAGGACAUCGACCUGCGGCUGCUGACGCGCGCCCUCACCGAGCCGGCCGACGUGCAGGAGCCGGACCGACCCUGGGUGUGGGACGUGCUCUUCACGGAGGUUCUCUCAGAGGUUCAACAGGACGAGGACUCUGAUGACGGCGCAGUGGACCUGCCGACACCAAAGUCUCGAGCCUCUGCGCGCGGUCGACGCGCCGCCUCUGGUCGCCUGCCGAACUCGGCCAAACCGCGCGGUCAGCCGGCCGGCCUGUGAGGGUCCGACCGGGAGCCUCAGACGGCGGCCAGCGGCCGGCUGUAACACCCCACGGCAGGACAGCGCGCCGCGAGCGGCACCGCGGCCGACGGCCGUCAGCUGACGGCAGUCCGUCACCUGACAGAGGAGAUCGUCCUGACGGCAGUCUGUCACCAGCUGACGGCUGGACGAAAUUACCGAUAUGUCGGCCUCGGGACGCUGGGACCGCGGUAGUCGCCAUCAUUUCAACGAAUAUUGGCCUUCUGAAUUGCCUUGCAGGAGCAGCUUGUAACUAAAAAAAUGAAGCUGUUACUUACCGGACGAUGCCUCCGUUGCCAUUUUUCUAGUCGAUCUGUGCACUGCAUGUCCUGCCCACAGCACAUAAUGUGCCUUCAAUGUGAUGCUGCUACUCAGCUGUUGCCUUUAUCGUGUUUUAUCAUGCACCUAGUCACGGCGGCUGGCCAUUUGUCAGAUAUUGCGUCAUUUUUUUUUGUGAUGUAAAGCAGAUCUGUUUGACCUGUUCCUAUUUGUCCUUAGAGUGGUAGAAGCUGACAUAAUUUUACGCUGCAUGCUUGUUGCAAAAAUGAUGCGAUCUCUUUUACAAUUAAAAGCUAGUUGCGCACAUUUUAUCGCAUCAUCCACAUUCAUUGAUAUUACAAUAAUCUAGUCAAAUCUAUAACUGUCGUGCUGGCUAUGGAUAAUCGUAUGCGAUGCAGAAUCGUUAGUUUAUUUUAUGCCUUCGAACUGUCAAUUUCCUGCCGUCUAGUGACCCCACUCGCGCUCACGUGUCCAGGCUGCGUGGGUUCACAGCGGCUACCGGCCCUUCUGAGUCGGAGGAGGUCGCUGCUGGUCACCGCACUGCUAACCCAGCCAGCUAGUCUGCCAUCAGCUCCACGGCUCCGUCCGCGCGGUUGUAUGAAUGGGUGCGAUUGCCAGUCGUGGUCUCCGUCAUACUCUAGACUCUGUUCCGAGCCGUUAGGUCCAGGUUUGGAACGUCGCGGCAGGCAGGUCACAGCGGCACCCCAGUGUGUCACCGAAGCGUGUCGUGUUGAUCUGUUCACGCGUAAGUCAUUCCGAAGCACGUCCUGUGAUAGUGUAUCGAUUCCGUCCAUAUCUGUCACCAAUACACAGCACAUCUGAG